AUGUCGGAGCCGACGGAGGAAUUGGAGAGCGACGGUUCGAGUUGCGGGGAUCGCGGCGACGCCAAGAAACGCGUUCGCGUCGACGCGGAUUCGACGGGGCCGAAGAAGAGGCGGAAACAAACAACGCCCGUACGAUUCUCGUCCAGCUUGAUGACCGGCGCGAACGAUGAGUCGAACGAGGACGAGGAGGAGGAGGAUGGUGACGGUGACGGUGGCGGUGACGGUGACGGUGACGGUGACGGGGACGGGGACGGGGACAGCGAAGGUAAGCUGUCGUCGCAGUCACCGAUACGCGACGAGAAUCUCGAUAACGAAUUCCGUUGCCGGUAUUGUAGUCAGUUUUUCGACAGCAAAGAAACGCUGAACGUUCACUUCGAUAACGAGCACGGUUCCCGACAACGAGAAAACAGCUCCCCAAAUUCCGCGAGAAAAAUAAUCGCGACCGCGAGCCAACCGGAACAAUCCGAGAUUCCCGUUAAUUAUCUUACCGCGAAGAACUUUGCGACAAACUGGCAACACGUACAGUCGCAAAACGAGCCCGAUCUCUGGCCCGGUUCUGCGAAUCAAAUAUCCGCCGGCGGUGGCGGCGGCGGUGGCGGCGGCGCAUUACCUAAUCAUUUGCAAGCGUUUACCGGCGCGUUCCCUGGCGCGUUGGCGCAGUAUUUACCUCUGUCAGCGUUUCCGCUGACAGACUCCUCCGGUCACAUGGCCAGAGCGACGACGAUCGGAUCGGCGCCGGUGAGGAUCUUUAAUCCAGACGCGUACUGCGACCUGUGCAAUAAAGAGUUUUGCAACAAGUAUUUCCUAAAAACGCACAAGGCCAACAAACACGGUAUCUACGUCGAUUCGCCGGGUUCGAGCGCGAUAGAUGUUAACGCGGCUGUUGUUCCGAUCUAUACCGGAAACGUAAAACUAGAGCUGCCGUGCGUGCCGUGCGUGCCGUACGUGCCGUGCGAUCUCUGCCAAAAACGAUUCAAAAACGAAGAAUCGAUGCGCAAACACAAGCAAAAGAUGCACACCGAGCUGCUGCUCGAGCAUUCGCAGGAUACGGAAAUUAAUCUGUCGGUGAACGAGGAGGAGAGAGGAGAGACGCCGCGGACGAGGGACAGCCCCGGAGGUAUGGAAACGCUUUUCAAGCUCGAGUACGGGGUAGAACAAGAGGAUGCAACGUUCGUGCCAGCGCCCAGACACCUAUCUCCUCGAUCGAUUCAGCAGGCAAGGGACGCUGGCUUUAACGCCGAUCGGCUACGUCGUUUAGGGGUGAUAAAUCCGGACGCGUUCUGCGAGAUAUGUUGUAAAGAAUACUGUAACAAAUAUUUCCUUAGGACGCAUAAAAGCAAGAGGCACGGGAUUCUCGUACAGGAUAACGACAAGUCGCCCAACAAUCCAGGAUCGGCGGUCACCUGGCACCAAAUACAAACCAGUCCGUUGAAUUUGAUCGUGACGGAAAGCACCACCAGUAGCACAGAGUCCAACGACCGACCGGGGGACGAUUACGAGUGCAAAGUUUGCGGGAUACGGUUUCAAACGAUCGGCCUCUAUCGAGCGCAUUCGCGAAAGAUGCACGAAUCCGAACAACACCGUUCGCCUAAACACGAGUCGAACUUGGAAACGGCGGCAUCGUUGGAUCAACAACAGCGGAACGAUUCGAUCUCCGAAGACCUCCAGAAGCUGCAGACGAUGCUGUUGCAAUUGAACGGACUAAAGACUGGGAAAGAAUCGUCGUGCACCGUGUGUGGAAAAGAAUGCGAGACCAGAGCCGGUUUGCACGUUCAUAUGGUCACGGAACACGCCGAGGACUCGGCGUCCUCGCCGCUGGAUAAAUCACCCCUGACCGUCGCGACGUCCGCGUGUUGCGCCAUUUGCGGAAAAGAUUAUCCGAAUCAGGACGCGCUCGGAAGGCACAUCGCGGAGGAACAUCAACCCGGGGUUUCGAGUUCCUCUCUGGCUCCUCAUACUCCCAGCGCCGUCCCCAGUGCCGUACCCAGUGCCGUACCCAGUGCCGUAUCCACCGCCCCGGCGACGAUCAAUUCAAACUCCCUCGGCAGCCAGACCACCUCGUCCGAGAGAAAAUCGAUGACAUCGAUGACGCCGACCUCGAGUUACUGCGAGAUAUGCAACAAGGAACUGUGCAACAAGUAUUUCAUGAAGACGCACAUGCAGAGAAUGCACGGUAUCGAGAUCGAGAACGGGGCUCAGAUCGGCGGCGUGAUCUGCAACAUUUGCAACAAGGAAUUGUGCAGCAAGUAUUUCCUGCGCGUUCACAAGCACAACACCCACGGCAUCGUCGACGAGAACGCUCCGAGCUCGACGAAACAAGAGGCUCACGACGCCACGAAUACCGACGACGCGGCUUUGAAACCGGAACAACUCGGCGACUUGAGCCACCGAUAUUUUACUCACUUCACGGAAGUUUGUCCGAUCUGUAGCAGAAGGUUCCGCAGCAUAAAAUGGUUGAAAGCUCACUUGAUGGGCGAUCAUGGGAAAAUCGGUAUCGAUAAAUGGCGCGAAAUGGAACAGCAAUACCAAGCAACGCCCAAAACAGGGACCAGAGUAUUAAAUGUCUCCAAGACCGUUCAAAGUUCGAAUCUCAAGAUACCGAAUGGAUUCGAAAUUUCCCAGCAAAUGAAACCUGCCGAUUACACCGGUUUUGGUAAUCAAGUACUCUCAAAUUUGUUGGGUAGUACCUCUUCCGAGGACCACCAGCUGAAAAGCUACCAUUGUUCCUAUUGUAAUUUUACUACGACCGUGCUACCGUUCCUCUUCCUUCACGAGAGGUCUCACGCGAAUUCCACGCAGGAGAACGCCGAGGACGAAAAGUCGUUUCAAUGUCCAGUUUGCUCCCAAGUAUUUUAUCAACCGGAAAUGUUGCAUCGACAUUUGCUCGCGGCGCAUCAGUUUCCCGCGUUGCUGUCGCAUUUUCAACCACCGAUGGUUUUUAAUAAUUUCGGGCUGGACGCCGAAAGAUCGAACGAAUCUAAAGAGAAAUCGGAUCCGGAAACGAAAGAGGACCGUACAGGGAACAGUCCGCAGCAACUCACUGCCAAUCAAACGAUUCCUGAAUCGAACAAAACUCAACGACAGGAGGACACGGCGGUUCAGGUCACUUCUCAGGGUGUAUAUAAAUGCGCGCAGUGCGGCUACGCCACGACCAAUUUGAAUCGAAUUAAAAAGCACGUUAGGAAAGAUCAUAAGACGAUCGGCGAUCCCACCGACACCGUGAUCGCUGAGCUUAGCAAAACCUUGAGAGAGGUUGCCAACAGGCAUAAGAUGCCAGCUUGCUACGCGAUGCCGCAAGACAUGAACUCGAACCCUGAUAAAACGAUCAUGCAGCCGUUUUUCUUGGAAGAACAAAACACGAUGCAAGCUGGCGAGGAAUCAAACUCGGAAAAACGAUUCGUACCGGCAUUGGUUUAUUUACCGGUGAAAUCGCGAAUCGGUAACGCGCUGACUGCUUCCUUUACACUCAGUCCCGCUUGA